UAAAAAUAACCCGGCGGGCGGCCCCCACCAGGGGAUGGGGGUGGGGGCCUGGGCUGGGCGCGGACACAUGAUCCCAAGGACCCGGCCGAGUGGAGCUGAGAAACUCUCCAGCAGCCCGAGCACACUUCUGCUCCCCCUUCUAGGACCCACCAGCCGGAGCACCCCUCUCCUCUGACCAUCCGGGGAAGAAACACCUCAAACCAGCUGCAGGAUGGGCAGCGGCCGGAGAAAGGUCAGCUGGACUCUGUGCUUCCUACUUCUGCUGCUCCUUGAAGCCACUUCCACCAAGAACCUCUGGAAGCGGGCAUUGCCCUCGAGGCUGGCGGAGAGGUCCCGUUUAAGUGCCCAGGCCGAAGAGGUAGGCGGCUCCCAUCAGCCCCGCGCAGACCGCUGCCCGCCGCCCCCACGCUCGCUGCCCCCUGGUGCCUGCCAGGCUGCACGCUGCCAGGCCGACUCCGAGUGCCCACGACACCGGCGCUGCUGCUACAACGGCUGCGCCUACGCCUGCCUGGAGGCCGUGCCGCCCCCGCCAGUUUUAGACUGGCUAGUACAGCCGAAACCUCGAUGGCUUGGGGGCAACGGCUGGCUCCUGGAUGGCCCUGAGGAGGUGUUGCAAGCAGAGGCCUGCAGCACCACGGAGGACGGGGCCGAGCCGCUCCUCUGCCCCUCAGGCUACGAGUGCCACAUCCUGAGCCCGGGUGACCUGGCCGCGGGCAUCCCCAACCGGGGGCAGUGUGUCAAGCAGCGCAAGCCAGCAGCCUGCCAGGCUCCUCUGUCCAUGAGAUUUUCCAGGCAAGAAUACUGGAGUGGGUUGCCAUUUCCUUCUGCUGGGGAUCUUCCCGACCCAGGGAUCGAACCUGCGUCUCCUCCAUUGGCAGCCCUCAGGUCAGCGCCUGACAGAGUAGGUCCUCAACAAAUAUGCGCUGGGGUCACCUGUCUUCAGGAAGGGGGCUGAGCCUGUUCACCUGUUCCCUGCCCAGAGGAAUGAUCGGAGCCUUCUGGAUGGAAAUGUAAGUGAAAUUUCCCCUCACCUCAUCCCCAGAGGGCCGUCACUUAGCAGUAAUUGUUGAUAAUUGUACAGGACUUUGGAAAUAUCUUAAAUUCCAACAAUGUCCCUUAGAGCAACGGUCUCUGGGAGGAGAGGGGCACUCCCAUCCCAGGAUAACCUAGGAAUACGCCUCUGGUUUUAAGUUUUUUUUUCUUUUUUUUAAAAAGGCAUAUAUUUGGAGUAAUUUCUGACUUACUGAACAGUGGCAAGGACAGUCCCUUGCACCCUCCACCAUCAUUCAGUAGUCAUUACUGUUUCUUUCAUCGUACUUCUCUGCCUCUCCCCUCAGCCCACACCUUCCCUCUGGAUAAAUCUGCAUAGGUGUUUGGGGGCACUGUCUGAGAAUAAAUUACACCUCUCAUGCCCACACCUAAGAUGAGCGCUGGCUGCCGCAGGGGGCUGAGAGACAUUCCGAGUUCAGUCUGGACCCUGACGUUGGGUCUUUCUCGAGAGGAAGAUGAACAUGGACACAGGCCGUAGAUCUGAUUUCUCGGAGAGCAGAGCUGGGGUCCUCAGUGCAUAUUUUACUUAUUUAUUACAAUAAAUAAAAUUAUUAUUUUAUUACUGAAGUCUGGUUGAUUUACAAUGUUGUGUUAGUUUCAGGUGUACAAGCACAGUGAUUCAGAUAUAUACAUGUAUAUUUUUUAUACACACACACACACUUUUUCAGGUUGUUCUUCCUUAUAGAUUGUUAUUGGCUUGUCCAAAAUAUUCAUUUGGGUUCUUCUGUAACAUCUUAAGGAAAAGCCUGGACUAAUAUUUUGGCCAACCCAAUGCAAAGUAUUUAGCAGGGUUCCUUGUACCAUGCAGUAGGUUCUCACUGGUUAUCUAUUUUAUAUAUAGAAGUAUGUACAUGUUAAUCCUAAGCUCCUAAUUUAUACC